AAUGAUAGGAGAAACUGGAGGGACAUUUAUCCUGAAGGGUAAACUUAGCGGUGUGAUUUAACCAUUAAAAGUAAUUGAAGGCUCUCAUGUAGAAGAGGGAAAUGUAGAUAAGGGUAAGAGUGCCAACAUCUUACAUGGUGAGGAUACUGUUCUUUUUUUGUUUUUUUUUUAAGUCAAACUGAGAAAAAUUAAGUAACUAGGCUAAGGUCACUGAGCCAGUAAGUGUCCAAAGAUUCAAAAGCUGAUCUGACUCCAGAAGCCAUUUUGGAUAGGACACUACAGGGAGACAGAAAUGGAUGCAAUCUUAUGAAGACUUUUCUGAAGUAUAAGGGGUUGUCUCUCCAGGUAGUGUGUUUCCUGUCAUUUAAGGAGAGGCUAGACUAGAUAAUCACUUGGCAGUGGGUCUGUGUGUCUGGUUGGGGGAUGAAUUACUGAAUUUGAGGUUGGUCUUUCUUAAUCCUAUCAUAGGCCGGAAGAGACGGUUGAGUGGCUCCUGACCAAAUGUGCAUGGGGAUGUUGGGAAAACAAAAAGCGAGGCAGGUGGAAGUCAUCAUAAAGUUUCUGUUUCACCCGUUGUCCAUGUUCGAGGACUCUGUGAAUCUGUGGUGGAAGCGGACCUCGUGGAGGCUCUGGAAAAAUUUGGGACAAUAUGCUAUGUGAUGAUGAUGCCAUUUAAACGGCAGGCUCUCGUGGAAUUUGAGAACAUAGAUAGUGCCAAAGAAUGUGUGACAUUUGCUGCGGAUGAACCUGUGUACAUUGCUGGUCAACAGGCUUUUUUCAACUAUUCUACAAGCAAAAGGAUCACUCGGCCAGGAAAUACUGAUGAUCCAUCAGGAGGCAACAAAGUUCUUCUAUUAUCAAUUCAGAAUCCUCUUUAUCCAAUUACAGUGGAUGUUUUAUAUACUGUAUGCAACCCUGUUGGAAAAGUGCAACGUAUUGUUAUAUUCAAGAGAAAUGGGAUACAAGCAAUGGUUGAGUUUGAAUCAGUCCUUUGUGCCCAGAAAGCUAAAGCAGCACUCAAUGGAGCAGAUAUAUAUGCUGGAUGUUGCACACUAAAGAUUGAAUAUGCAAGGCCAACUCGUCUAAAUGUUAUUAGGAAUGACAAUGACAGUUGGGACUACACUAAACCAUAUUUGGGAAGACGAGAUAGAGGAAAGGGUCGCCAGAGACAAGCCAUUUUGGGAGAACACCCUUCUUCGUUUAGACAUGAUGGCUAUGGGUCGCACGGUCCGUUGUUGCCUUUACCGAGUCGUUAUAGAAUGGGCUCUCGAGAUACACCUGAGCUUGUUGCAUAUCCAUUACCGCAGGCUUCUUCCUCUUACAUGCAUGGAGGAAAUCCCUCUGGUUCGGUUGUGAUGGUUAGUGGAUUACAUCCACUAAAAAUGAAUUGUUCAAGAGUCUUCAACCUAUUCUGCUUAUAUGGAAAUAUUGAAAAGGUAAAAUUCAUGAAGACCAUUCCUGGUACAGCACUGGUAGAAAUGGGUGAUGAAUAUGCUGUGGAAAGAGCUGUCACACACCUUAACAAUGUCAAAUUAUUUGGGAAAAGACUUAAUGUUUGUGUGUCUAAACAACAUUCAGUUGUUCCAAGUCAAAUAUUUGAGCUGGAGGAUGGUACGAGUAGCUACAAGGAUUUUGCAAUGAGCAAGAACAAUCGCUUUACAAGUGCUGGCCAAGCAUCUAAGAAUAUAAUCCAGCCGCCCUCGUGUGUGCUCCAUUAUUACAACGUUCCACUGUGUGUCACAGAAGAGACCUUCACGAAGUUAUGUAAUGACCAUGAAGUUCUUACAUUCAUCAAAUAUAAAGUGUUUGAUGCAAAACCUUCUGCCAAAACCCUUUCUGGGCUCUUAGAAUGGGAAUGCAAAACUGAUGCAGUAGAAGCCCUUACAGCACUUAAUCACUACCAGAUAAGAGUUCCAAAUGGUUCCAAUCCCUACACAUUGAAGCUUUGCUUUUCUACAUCAUCCCAUUUAUAAGAGAAGAGCAUGUUAGAAUUUAUGUUCAUGGUUAUUACAAUUUUAAAGCUAUACUUCAUUUGAGAAAUCGAAAAUGGUUGAUCUAAUGUUGCCUUGCUUACUUUGACUUAAGAUCCUGUUCUGUAAUAAAUAUUUUGCCUUGAGUAAAUUUGUUGUAAACUUACAUAUUGAAUUGUUUUCAUUUUAAAAUAGAAUGUCAUAAUGUAGACUAUCUACAGCUUCCUUGUAGAUUGCUCAAAUAUAUCAUUUCUAAUCUUAUUAUUUUUCUUCCACAGUGAAAAUAUAUUUGCAUUCUUAAUGCUAAUUAUCUGCAAGUAUUUUUCCAUUGUGUAUGAGAUUAAUGCAGGUGAAAGUAUUGCAUUUUAAUAUUAUAGAAUUCCUAUUAAAUGUUUAGAUGUUUAAGUAUAUUGCAGUUAUUCAUAAUAAACAUAACUUGUAUUUAUUAAGUAUUUUAAUCAAGUUUGAGAAUAACAUACACAUAUUAAAUUUUAAGUACUACAGAUUUAGCUGAUUUUAUAUUUCUGAAAGGCUAACAGACAUAUGGGUACACUUGUACAGUAUGCACUCAAACUUAUUUAAUUUUUUUUUAAGUCAUUGUCCAUUUGUAUUGACACACCUCUGUUUCUAGUUCCAGUUUGGGAAUUUUGUAAAGGUACAACACUGAGUUAAUGUGUUCAUCUUCAUUGGUUGCAUGUGACUUGAUCUUGAAAACAUGUCUAGUAUUUGACAUUGAGAUUUUAAUAGAAGUUAUGAUUAACGGUGUCUCUUCUAGAUAAUCUGAGAUCCAUGGACGGGCUUUAGGGAGUCUGUGAACCCCCUAAAAUUGUAUGUAGAACUUUGGGUACUUGCAUUUUUAUUUUUUACUCUUGAAUCCAUCAGUAAUAUAUGUAUUUUUCUAUAUGGUGUAAGGUAUACGGAUCUAGUUUUAUUUUUAUUCCAAACAGAUAGCUAUUUGUUUCGACACCAUUUAUUAAACAUUCUUUCUCCCAGUGGAUCUGUUUUUGUUUUUUUCCUUUAUUUGUGAAAUAAUAUAUCUCAUACAGAGGGCAAAUAAGAUGCAAGGACGAAACAUGGGAUUAAGAGACUAUUGAACACUUGUUAUCAAGGUCAUAGCUUUUUUGUUAUAGAAAACUGAUACAGUGAUUUUUAUUUUCAUCUUAAAAGAAGGGAGAAUAUGUUUCAUCUACCCAGAAUAACUGUGAAGUUCAAGUUGGCAAUAGUAGUUUUGUGAUCUUGAGACUUUGAAACAAAUUUGCAUAUAGAAAUUCCAUUUAGAUCUUUUCUAAAAGCUUUAUUUUGAAUUUUAACAUAGAGAAGACAGUUUGCCUUAAUCUUUUUAGAAAUGAGCUAUAACAAAUUUAAGAGCUAUCUAAUAGAAAGUUUAGAUAGAAACUAAACACAUUAACCUUUAUUUCCCCUUAAAUUUUGUCAACAGUGGACCAAUAUCUCUUUAGCCCUGUAAAGAUUUAGAAAAAUAUAAAUUCAGCCUAGAACAGCGAUUUUCAAUCUUUUUCAUCUCAUGGCACACAUAAACUAAUUACUAAAAUUUUGCAGCAUACCAAAAGAUAUAUCUUUUUGCCAAUCUGACAAAAAAAAUAGGUAUAAUUUUGAUUCAUUCACAUUGGGUGGCUAUUGUUGUGGUGGCUGUUACCAUUUUUUAAUUUGACAAUCUAAGGGAAAAGAGAUUAAUGCCCCUGACUAACUAGUCAGAUAUUGCAUGUUUUAAAUAUUCAUGCAGCACACCAAUUGAAAAUUGCUGAUCUCUAGAGCAUUUUAGGCCCUUAUCAUGGAAUCCAAUAAGUUAUGCCAAGAGUAACUUGCAUAUGAACUGUUAAGUGUAUGAUACUGGGCUGUGUAUAUUCCUCAUUCAUUGCCAAUUUAAUACCUAAGUUUAUCUAACUUGACAAUAAAUAAAGCUUUUUUUUCC